UCACGUGGUAAUAAUUUCGAGGUUCAGUCGAUUCGCAAGUUGAUCGCGUAAUUGCGUUUUUAUUCGAAGUAAAUCGCCGGAGUGAAAGAAUGUCAGGACCAUUGAAAAAGAUAAGAUUAACAGGCUUGCCUGUACUUCACAAUCCUCGUAUGGAACUUACGUUAUUAUACGAGAGCAUUUUACGGUUCAUCACUGCUUUGCCAGAAGACUAUGUUUACAGGAAAACCACAGAGAGUUUGGUAAAGGAAAGGCAGAAGAUCGUAAAAGAGAAUGAAAACUUGGACGUUAUAGAAGAAAAAAUAAAUCAGGGGCAGCUCGGAGAAUUAGUGAUCCAAGCGCAAAACGAAUUGUCGUUGAUAGAGCUGUUGGCCCAAGAAAAGCCGUGGGAUAAUUUGAUGGAGAAAGCUCCGCCUGAUCAAUGGACAUGGCCACCUUACAAAUAGUUUAAAUGGUUUUCUCGAAUAUUUAUAAAUAGUAGCGAGUAAGCGAAUAUUUCUCACUCGAUCGUGUAAAACAGUGGUAGAUUAAACUGCAUAUUUAUAGAACGUA